GACAGAUUCGAGCUGCGCCGUAGUUCUGCGCUUUUCAACCGCUCUUCGUUUCGUAUCAUUUUUUUAAUUAAGCUGUACACUUGUCGCAAAGUUCCUCACCAUGCCAAUUUUCAAAUCAAGAUGCGCCGAUAUUCUCUUGCCCACGAAGUUGCCGGUGUGGGAUUGGCUUUUCGAGUCGCAUUAUUCCCCCCUGGAACGAUUUGAAGAGAACGAACUUAGAGGUUUUACAAAUGCGGUCACCAAUGAGCGCGUUAAUUGGAGGGAAGUAAAGGAGUAUUCGACUUGGAUAUGUACAGCCCUGGUCAGAAAAUAUGGCUUGAAGGAGGGAGACACAGUCUCGUUAUUCAGUCAGAACAGCAUCUGGUAUCCUGUAGUUAUGUUUGCGUGUCUGAAAGCUGGUGCUAAGAUCUCGGGUGCCUCACCCGCCUACAAUGUCGAGGAGAUGUCGUACGCCAUGAAGACGGCUGAUUCGAAGUUUCUUUUCACAGCGCCAUCGUCUAUGGAGGUUGCAAUGGCCGCCGCUAAGUCUGUGAACCUACCAAAAGCCAACUUGUUUCUGUUGGAAGGGAAAUUAGAUGACUAUUCCACUGUACAAGAGUUGAUCUCGUUUGGAAAAUCAUUCGACCACUCGCAACAAGUGCCGUCGUAUAAGUUGCCACCAGGUAAAAAGAACAAGGAUAUUUGUGGUUACCUGAGUUUCUCCAGCGGGACCACAGGAUUACCGAAAGCCGUGAUGAUCUCACAUCAAAAUGUGAUUGCUCAAUGCAUGCAGAUACACCAACUUACGCCUCCAAAUACCACCCAUGUUCUCGCGGUCCUUCCCUUGUUCCACAUAACUGGAUUAGUUCAUCAAAUGCACCUUCCCUUGCUAGUUAAUGCUGAAGUUGUCAUGACACCACAGUUUACAAUGCCUAUUAUGCUGGAAGUUAUCCAGCGUUAUCAAAUGAAGGAGCUUCUUUUGGUCCCUCCAAUUCUCAUCAGGCUUGUCCGUGAUCCAAUUGUCAAAGAAUACGACACAAGCAGCAUUUUGCGCUUCUCAUCAGGCGCAGCUCCAUUAAGUCCAGAAGUCCUAGAACUGCUUGCUAAAAAGUUCCCGAAGACUGCAACCGGAAAGCCUUAUGGGCAGACUGGGAUUAAGCAGGGGUAUGGUAUGACGGAGUCGUGCUCAUGUAUUACGGCUUUUCCACUGCAUCGAGUCGAGGGCUACAAGCUUGGCAAUGCUGUUGGCGAGAUCGUAGCCAAUACUGAAGUCAAGAUUCUUAAGGAGGACGGCUCCGAGGCUGAUGUUGGCGAGGCGGGCGAGAUCACCGCACGCGGCCCUCAGAUUACAAUGGGAUAUUUGAAUAAUGACAAAGCGACUCGGGAGACAUUUGAUGCAGAGGGAUUUCUUCACACUGGCGACCAGGGUUAUAUAGACGAAGACGGAAUCAUUCACAUUCUCGAUCGCUUGAAGGAGAUGAUCAAAGUAAAGGGAAUCCAAGUUGCUCCAGCAGAAUUAGAAGAUCUUCUCCUUGGGCAUUCAAAGGUUGAAGAUGUAGCCGUUUUAGGUAUUCCAGACGACUAUUCUGGCGAACUGCCAAAGGCAUAUGUGGUCCUCAAACCUGACGUUAGUAAAAGUGAGCAUGUGGGUCGUGAGUUGAUUGCUUAUGUUAAGGAGAAGAAGACAAGAUAUAAGUGGGUCAAGGAGGUCGAGUUUGUUGAUGAGAUUCCAAAAUCUGCAUCAGGCAAGAUACUCAGGAGGGUUCUCAGGGACCAAGCAAAAAAAGGUCCAACUGGUCUUGUUAUUCGAGAUGAGAAGCCAAAGCUCUGAAAUUGGCCAUACCUUCAAGAACUCCAUCGGGACGCAGAGGAAGUGAAGAUAUGACUUUGUAAAAUUUCGAUCAGGGUUAUAUCUCAUAGCUUGUGUUAUCCGCCUAAUCUCAUUAGGAAC